AUGGCUCAACAUUCUGUUCUUAUGCUCGGUGCGGGCUUCGUCACCCGCCCCACGCUCGACGUCCUCGCUGAAGCUGGCAUCCCCGUCACCGUCGCCUGCCGAACCCUCAAGAGUGCCCAGGAACUGUCCGCUGGCGUUAAGCUGGCCACGCCCAUCUCGCUCGACGUCUCGGACGAGAAGGCUCUGGAUGCCGAGGUCGCCAAGCACGACCUGGUCAUCAGCUUGAUCCCCUACACCUUCCACGCCCUGGUGAUCAAGUCGGGCAUCCGCAACAAGAAGCAUGUCGUCACCACCAGCUACAUCUCGCCCGCCAUGAUGGAGCUCGACGCGGCUGCCAAGGAGGCUGGUAUCACCGUCAUGAACGAGAUUGGCAUGGACCCCGGUAUCGACCACUUGUAUGCUGUCAAGACCAUUGACGAGGUCCACCGCGCGGGCGGCAAGAUCAAGACCUUCCUCUCCUACUGCGGUGGUCUUCCCGCCCCCGAGGACUCUGACAACCCUCUCGGCUACAAGUUCUCCUGGUCGGCACGCGGCGUCCUGCUCGCCCUCCGCAACGCCGCCAAGGUGUGGGAGAAUGGCAAGAUUGUCGAGAUCGCCUCGGAGGAUCUCAUGGACUCGGCCAAGCCCUACUUCAUCUACCCCGGCUACGCCUUCGUCGCCUACCCCAACCGUGACUCGACCCCCUACAAGCAGCGCUACAACAUCCCCGAGGCCGACAACAUCACCCGCGGCUCCAUGCGCUACCAGGGUUUCCCCCAGUUCGCCAAGGUCAUUGUCGACAUUGGCUUCCUGAGCGAGACGCCCAGCGACGUCCUGAAGCAGCCCAUUGCCUGGAAGGACGCCACCGCCCACGUUGUUGGCGCCAAGUCCAGCAGCGCCGCGGACCUCGAGGCGGCCAUUGUCUCCAAGGGCAAGUUCGCGUCCGAGGAGGAGAAGCAGCGCAUCCUACGCGGUCUCCGCUGGAUCGGCCUCUUCUCCGACGAGAAGAUUGAGCCUCGCGGCACCCCUCUCGACGUCCUCUGCGGCUCGCUCGAGAAGAAGAUGCAGUACGCCGAGGGUGAGCGUGACAUGGUCAUGCUGCAGCACAAGUUUGGUAUUGAGAACGCCGACGGCUCCGAGGAGUGGCGCACCGCGACGCUCGUCGAGUACGGUGACCCCAAGGGCUACUCGGCCAUGGCCAAGCUCGUCGGUAUCCCCUGCGCGGUGGCCGUCCAGCAGGUCCUGAACGGCACAUUGUCAGAGGAGGGUAUCCUGGCGCCCAUGUCGAUGGACAUCUGCGAGCCCCUCAUCAAGGAGUUGAGGGAGAAGUACGGUGUGGAGAUGAUUGAGAAGACCAUCUCGUAA